AAAUUCUCGUACGUGCCAAACAAUCAUACAGUGACAAUUUUGUUUAAUUCAAGCAUUUACCUCUAUAAUGGACUAAUGGUGAAUGGUCUUACAAGAUUUUUUUUUGGUAUUUUAUCCACCCAUCACUGAAGCAAAGAAAUCACCCAGCAACAAAGCAUGGCUGUAAAUGUAAUUAUCUUCAUCUUACCCAGUCUCAUCAUCCCUCUUUCUUUCUCUCUGUAAGUUUUCUGUUUUUCUGACAUCAAUCGUUUAGAUUCUCUUUCAUUCUCCAUUUUAUCUUCUUGUCUGUAAAACUGUAAGAUACUCUGCUAUCUUCUUUAUAUUGUUUCCCAAUGUUACUUCAAAUUAAUUUGCGCAUUUUCACUUGUUACGCUAAGCUAAGGUUUUUUUUAUCUUUUUAAUAGGAUUUUGUAAUUGUUCUUCAAAAUUUUGCAAAUUUUGCUGUUUUUAUUGUCUACCCUUUCAUCCUAAAUUGAAAUUUAGUUACCUGUAAUUCCACUAGUUUUCCGCAUUUUUUGUUUGUUGGUUUUUCUGCAUUUGAUUGAGCAACUUUAUGUACUUGAUUAAACUGUCCACUUUCCGUCAAAAUUUUAUCUUUGGUUUGCCCAAUCGCAUAAUUUAUUAUAUGUUGGUGAAAAUUAGGGCUUUUGAGGUUUAGGUGUAAGGUUUCAUUUUUUAAGAUCAAAUCUUGAUAUGAUAAAGGAUUUUAGUGCUGAAGCUGGGUUCCCAUGGGGAAUAUCGGAUUUUGAUAACUGUUCUAGGGUUUAGGUAUUAGGUUUAACUUUUGAAGAUUUAAAAUUUUGGUAAAUGGAUUUUGGUGCUGAAGCUAUGUUUCCUGGGGGAGGUUCGGAUUUUGAUAAUUGGGGUGCGGAUGGUCUAAAUGAUCAGGCAAUUUGGGCUACUGAAGAUGAAUAUAUAAAUUGGAAUAGUAGUGAAACACCUAGUUCUAAUUACAAUCAACAUCAUUUGUAUGGAUCUGAGCCACCCAAUAAGAAGACUAGGAGCUCUCAGAGUGGAGACUCAGCUUCAAACCACUCCAAAGCCAUUGGGAAAAUGUUUUAUAAAACGAAGCUAUGCUGCAAGUUUCGUGCUGGGGUCUGUCCUUAUAUUACUAAUUGUAAUUUUGCCCAUGGCUUGGAAGAACUACGGAAACCGCCCCCUAAUUGGCAAGACAUUGUGGCUGCUCAUGAGGAGGAGAGAGAUGUUACAGUUGAGCAGAGGGAAGAACACCAAAUACCUACUAUUAGUCCCACAGAUUUGCGGAUUGAGUCUCAAAGGUCUUACAAAGGUAGGCAUUGCAAGAAGUUUUACACUGAAGAGGGUUGCCCUUAUGGAGAAAAUUGUACCUUUCUUCAUGAUGAGCAAUCGAGAUCUAGAGAGAGUGUGGCAAUCAGUGUGAGUCCUACUGUUGGUGGCACUUAUGGUCCUAAUGGUCAAAUUCAGAAGCCUUCGAAUUGGAAGACAAGGAUCUGUAACAAAUGGGAGACAACCGGUAGCUGCCCAUUUGGGAGCAAGUGUCAUUUUGCCCAUGGAUUAGCAGAGUUGCACAAAUUCACUGGAGCUGCAGACGGGGAAGUUAGAGAUGCUGUGCCGACUGAAACAAAGGUGAGCAGUGUGAUCGUAAAAACAGACUCAUCAGCAGCUCCAAGCUUAUCAAUUCCUCGCCAGGAAUUCCACCAUGUUGGACUUGGAAUUUCUUCACAGAGGCCUUCGAAUGUAAUCCAAGUGGCUGGGCAGAGACCUGCCCAGAAAUGGAAAGGACCCGACAAGAUAAGCAGGAUAUAUGGUGACUGGAUUGACGACAUUGAGUAACUCCAAAAUAACGUACAAUUAUCUCCAUCUUAUGCUUAUGAUGAUAGUGUAGGGGCUGGAUAUCUCUAGCUCAUUGUGAAUUUGCUGUUGUAUUGUAUUUUCUGUAAUGAUGUCAGAGUUGUUUUUAUGCACAGCCAGAGCUCGGAAUGUAGGAUUUAUUCUGUGUCUUUUUAUUAGACAAGUGAAUCGAAUAAUAGCAAUCUUGUAUAAUCGUGGUGCAUCAGUGUUUGGGGAUUCUUUUCUACAAUUGAAUACUACUUCCUCCUAUCCUAAUCAAAUGUUUCAUUUGGUUUUGUA